CGAACAAGAAGCAAGCCCGACAGCACCCAUCCCUUGAGAAAAUUGGUGACAAAGCUUGAAAUUUCUCCUUCUUUCUUGCUCAAUAACAAGUUUUAGGACUUAGAACUCUCUCUCUCAACCUAGAAAUUCCAGAUCUGCUCUGCAUCUUCCUCCCUCUACCGUCCGCGAGUUGCAGCUUGUGCGAAUUCUGGGCAUUUUUUAGAAUUGCCGCCGGCCUCUUCCCCCUGCCAGGUCAGGUUCUGCAGCUGGAAAAUUGUGGGUUCCUGAUUGUUAUGUCAAUUUAGCACUGAGAUCGAGUUUUCGGUUUUAUGCGAGUGAGUUCUGCUCUCCUUCUUCCCGAUGCUUGCCUCCCGAAAGCCCCCCAAGCCACCGACGCAUCCUUGAAAAAAAAAUUGGCGAAAGCUUGAUGUUUGUUCCAUCUUUUCUUGCUCAAGAACCAAGUUUCAAGCUUAGAACUCUCUCUCCCAAACCCAGAAUUUUCCAGAUCUGCACUGUUUCCUCCCCUUGCUGUCCGUCGGCUUCUGCUAUGUGUGAUUGCUGGGCAUAUUUCCGUGAGUUCCCUUGCAGAUUCCCGCCGGCUUCCCCUAGCUUGCAGCUCCGGUUUCUGCAGCUGAAAAUUCUGCUAGUGUUUUGGCCAAUUUUUUUGGAAGUUGCAGUACUGUUCACGGCGGGAGCACUGUUCACGGGCACUGUUCACGGGUUCCUAAUCGUUCUGUCAGUUAGCACUGAGAUCGAGUCUUCAGUUUUAUGCGAGUGAGGUAAGUAAAUUUAUGGUAAUGCCCGUAUUGUUUUUAAAAGCAUGUUUUGACUUGUUUUUGAAGUGGUGACGGGAGUAAACCCAUUUUAUACAAAAGUAAGUUUGACUGAUUUGAAGUGAAAUUUUUUUGCUUUUCAUUAAAUUGAGCAUGCCUACUUGAAAUUUAAUUGAUUGUCUUGAUGAUUUGAAAGUGAUUGGUGAAUUAUGAUUUUUCUGUUAACUUUUGCCUGUUUUGUCUCCGAUGUGAUCAUGUU